AUGGGUCAUUUAGUUUCAAAAUUAUUUAAAAAUCGAGAAAUGAGAAUUCUAAUGUUAGGAUUAGAUAAUGCUGGUAAGACUACGGUAUUAUAUAAAUUAAAAUUAGGUAAAACAUCAAAAACAGUCCCAACUGUUGGUUUCAAUGUUGAAACUGUUAAACAUAAGAAUGUAUCAUUUGCAGUUUGGGAUUGUGGUGGACAAGAAAGAAUUAGACCACUUUGGAGACAUUAUUUCACUGGAACAAAUGCCCUUAUUUAUGUUGUUGAUUCAAAUGAUGUUGCAAGAUUAGAAGAAUCAAAACAAGAAUUAUAUAGAGUUAUUACUGAUAAAGAAUUAGCUAAUUGCUUAUUAGUGGUGUUGGCUAAUAAACAAGAUUGUGAAGGAGCUAUAAAACCAAAAGAAUUGAUUCAACGAUUUGAAUUACAUAAAUUGAGUGGUGAACAUACUUGGUCUGUCAUUCCGACAAUUGCAAUUGAUGGAACUGGAUUAGUUGAAAUGUUGAAUUGGAUUUCAUCUCAUUCAAAAUAG